AUGAUACUCGAACAUGUACUUGUUUUGAGUUCUUUUUUAUUUUCGAUCGGCAUUUAUGGAUUAGUCACGAGUCGAAAUUUGGUUCGGGCUCUGAUGUGUCUUGAACUUAUAUUGAAUGCAGUUAAUCUAAAUUUUGUAACAUUUUCUGAUUUUUUUGAUAGUCGCCAAUUAAAAGGAAAUAUUUUCUCAAUUUUUGUUAUAGCUAUUGCAGCCGCUGAAGCAGCUAUUGGCCCGGCUAUUGUUUCUUCAAUUUAUCGUAACAGAAAAUCAAUUCGUAUCAAUCAAUCGAAUUUAUUGAAUAAAUAG